AUGGCCUUCCCAGUUCUACAAUUCAAUUCAUUCUUGAUCAAAUUAGUGUUUCUUCUAUUCUCAGCCCUUUUUGCUAAAGGCCAAUCUGAAUGCAAUGUGAAGUUGGGCUCUACGUUAUCUGCUGGAGACACUAGCCCGUGGAGCUCGCCUUCAGGUGAGUUUGCCUUCGGAUUUAUGCCUCUUCAACGAUCUCCGUCUGACAAUGAAGAUCUCUACUUGUUAUCUAUUUGGUUCAAUAAAAUACCGGAACAAACUGUUGUUUGGUCUCAAAACGAGUCCCCAGUUCCAGAAGGAUCAAAAUUUCAGUUAACGAAUGACGGAAAACUCAUCCUCUACAAUCCUCAAGGGCAGCAAAUAUGGAUGGUUAAUAAUGGUGGAUCCACCUGUGCAGCCAUGCUUAAUUCGGGGAAUUUUGUGCUAAUAAAUGGAGAUUCGAAUUAUAUAUGGGAGAGCUUCAGAGUGCCUACUGAUACAAUCUUGCCAGGCCAGAGCCUAGGCAUGGAUGGAAAUCUUAAUUCGCGCCAAUCUGAGACGAACUAUACCAAGGGAAAAUUCCAGCUCAGUUUGCAAAAAGAUGGAAAUCUUGUGCUUUACACUAUAUUUUUGCCAACUGGACGUGAAAGUAGUGCUUACUGGGCUACUGGAACUAUGAGUGAGAAUACUGAUUCACAACUUAUUUUCGACGAGGCUGGUUAUGUCUACUUAAAACAAGGGAACAAAAACAUACGAAACAUCACAAAAAAUGACAUGGGUUCACCACAGGAGUUCUACCGCAUGGCAAGAAUUGAUUAUGAUGGAGUUUUCAGGCAUUAUAAUCAUCCAAGAAAAAAUUAUGCUGUUGAUGCCAAAGGCUGCAAGUCGUCUUGGUCUAUCGUUCAAAACACUCCAGAAGAUAUGUGCAGCGCAAUAUUGGGAGAUCUUGGGAGUGGGGCAUGUGGGUAUAAUAGCUAUUGUGUGAACUCAAAUGGAAAGCCCCAAUGCUUCUGCGCGGAUGGAUAUUCUUUCGUUGAUCCAUUUGAUAUAAUUAAAGGCUGCAAACCAAAUUUUCAAUUGCCUAGUUGCCAGCAAAAUGGAUGGGAACUGAACAUGGAUUCCAUAGAGUUCAAGGAGUUGAAUAACACUGACUGGCCCUUAACUGAUUAUGAACUUCAGACUGGAUCCCAAGUAGACAAGGCUACGUGUAAAGAAUUUUGCCUUCGAGAUUGUUUUUGUGCAGCUGCUAUCUACAAUGGGAACAAUUGCUGGAAGAAAAAGUUCCCCCUUUCCAAUGGAAGACAAUCCAAAGAUUUGAACAGAAUUGCCCUCAUCAAGGUCCCGAAGGGCAACAUAACAGACACGUGCCCAAAAAAUAAAGAUCGGUCUACUUUAGUUCUUGUUGUAUCAGUACUACUUGGAAGUUCUGUAUUCUUCAAUUUUCUUCUGUUGUUUGCCAUAUUGAUUGCUGUUUUCUUCAUAUAUCGCAAGAAGUUGCUAAACUUACAGUUUGAUUCAACUACAUUUGGGGUGAGAAGGUAUACAUACAAAGAACUCGAGGAAGCAACUGGAGGUUUCAAGCAGGAACUAGGCCGGGGAGCUUUUGGGACGGUCUAUAAAGGUGUCACUCCAUCAAUUCCGAAGAGAUAUAUUGCUGUUAAGAGGCUGAAUAAAGUUGAACCAGACGGAGAAAAAGAAUUCACGACAGAAGUAAAUGCAAUUGGACGGACUCACCACAAGAAUUUAGUCACUCUACUUGGUUAUUGUGAUGAAGGAGAAAACAGGCUUUUGGUUUAUGAAUACAUGAGUAAUGGAUCUUUAGCUACCCUUCUGUUUGGGAUAUCCAGACCUCAUUGGAACCAAAGGGUGCAAAUUGUUUGCGGUAUUGCAAGAGGUCUAACGUACUUACACGAAGAAUGCAGCACGCAGAUAAUCCACUGUGACGUGAAGCCUCAAAACAUACUGCUGCACGAGUUCUUGAUGCCUAAGAUUUCUGACUUUGGAUUGGCAAAACUUUUAUUGGCUGAGCAAAGUCGAGCAGCACGAACACACAUUAGAGGGACAAUAGGUUACUUCGCCCCCGAAUGGUUCAGGAAAGCGUCCAUCACUGUGAAAGUCGACGUUUAUAGCUUUGGAGUGAUGUUACUUGAGAUCAUUUGCUGUAAGUCAAGUGUCGUAUUUUCAAUGGAAGAAGAAGAGGAGGCUCUAAUCGAUUGGGCUUAUGACUGCUACAGUAAAAAGAAACUAAACAAAAUGGUGGAAAAUGAUGAGGAAGCAAGGAAUGACAUGAAAAGUGUAGAAAGGCUAGUGAUGGUGGCAAUUUGGUGCAUUCAAGAGGAUCCUUCAAUAAGGCCCUCCAUGAAAAGAAUUACACAGAUGCUUGAGGGAGUUGCUGAAGUUCCUGUCCCUCCUCGUCCUUCUGUAUUUAGUUCGUAUUAA